AUGUAUCCUGAUAACGCCCACCCCGACGACGCCUACGUGCAACAUCAACGCAGCCAAUAUCCUCCUCAAUAUUGGUCUGCCGAAACACCAUCACAACACUCAUCCACACCAAACACCCUUCGCCCUCACCACGCAAGGAGACAGCAUCAUGCACACGGCAUAGAACGAGAAGAAGAAGACUCCAGCCCCCAGGAAGCCCUUUCUCCGCCGCCGUCUUUCGUGCCCCACGCUCCCUCACCACCCUCUCAGCAGCAAAUUCACUCAAACCCUUACCACCCGGAGCAGAACAACUUCCCUGCCCCCGUCGUCAUCGGCAGCAUGUUCUCCUCCCAGAGCCAGGACCCUUACACCUCCCAGCCGGCCGUUCACUUCAACGAGGCCCAGCUCGCCGUCGACGACGUCACCAACCGCGCCCGCGCCAAGGGCUUCCGCGACGAGCUCACCAUCGCUGCCAACGGCUCCGUCACCCCGGGCGUCGACGACACCCCUUACCUCCGCUAUGCCUUGGAGGCUCUGACGAGGGAACACGGCCACAGCGGCGGCUUCUCCCCCUCUUCCAGCGUUCCCUCUCCGAACGAGAACACCGGCUACUACCGCGCUGCCGGAUACCUCCCGGACGACCUCCAGAGCCCCCUCAUCAGCGGCGACCCGGACUCCGGCUUCUCCCCCAUGGUCCCCGUCCCUACCCACACCCGGGACUCGGUCCGCCGCCAGUCCCGGCCGCAUUCCAACGCCGGCGCCGAGAGGCCUUCCAUGUCCCUCGGCACUCGCAUCAUCUCCAUGUCGCCGCCACACUCGGCAGACUCGAGAUAUCAGCACACCCAAGCCCAAACCCCGGCCGGCAUGAACCCCACCGAGACCACGCCAAAAUGGCUCCCUAUCAGUGAGAGGGAGAGCGUCUUCCCGGGCAUGACAAAGAUCGACACCAUUGACGAGGACCGCGCGAUAUACCCGCGCCUGAAUUUCGUCCCCGCGAUCCUGCGUCUCCCCUCCCUCAUCGCCCUCAUGACGCUCUGCCUCGCCAUGAUCGCCUGCCUCAUGGUCGCCGCCAUCUACUCACCAAUCCAACCCGGUCUCCUAACCUACGGCGAAACAAUCUACAGCGGCAAAUACUUCCUCUUCCGCAUCCUGCCCCAGCUCUUCGCCUCCCUCAUCUUCAUCUACGCCCAGUGCGUCGCAGCAGCGACCCUCCGCAUCCUCCCCUUCGCCGCCCUCUCCGACGACGAGCCCAUCCGCCGCCGCAACGCCCUCUUCCAAAACCUCUACGCCAAAACCUUCCUCUUCCCCCAGCUCGCCGGCCCCGCCCACGUCAAAAUCGCCCUCGCCAUCCUCUGGCUCUCCGCCUUUGCCAUCCCCCUCGCCAGCGCCUCCUUCACCGUCAUUCUCGUCGACGUCUGGUACUGGACCGCCGUCCAGGGCGUCGUCUGGACCCUCGUGGCCCUCUACAUCCUCAUCCUCGCCGCCAUCGUCAUCCUCCUCCUCUUCUGGCACAACCGCGUGACGGGUCUCAUGUGGGACCCGCGCUCCAUCGCAGACCUCUCCGUCAUGAUCGCCCGAAGCAACACCCGCGACGCCUACCGCGGCGCAGAGGUCGCCCCAACGAGCAAGAAGCUCCGCUCCAUGCUCCGCAACCGCAUCGUCGACCGCCUGGGCUACUGGAUGACGGACGACCACCAGGAGACCCCUUGGUACGGCCUCGGGACGGAACACUCCCAGGGCCACACCCCGUCCGACCUCCACUACGAUGUCAAGAACGAAUCCUCCUCCUCUUCCGCCAUCGCCGCCGACGACCACCACGACCGCCGCUCCGUAACAUCCACCCUCCUAGCAGGCCGCUCAGCCCACCGCUCCGGCCUCGUAGAAACCUACAAACUCCCCUGGUGCCUCCGCACCCCACAAGUCCUAUUCUACGUCGUCGCCUCCACGAUCCUCCUCACGGCCCUCUUCGUCGUCUCCUUCCUCCAUCGCACGUCUCUCGUCGCCGGCUUCCGCCCAGGCGUCCCCGCCGCGCCCCUCUCCGCGCCCUCCUCCUUCUCCGCCGCCAACUUCCUGUAUAGCUUCGUCCCCAGCUUCCUGGGCCUCGUCCUCCUCCUCGCCUUCCAGACCCUCGAGCAGCAAUUCCGUAUCCUCCAGCCCUGGGCCGACCUCAGCACCGCCACGGACGGCGCGCCGGCCUCCCGCUCCGUGCUCGCAGAUUACGCCGCUUGUCUGCCCUUGCAAUCCACCCUCCACGCCCUCCGCAACGGACACUACCGCGUCGCAGCCCUCUCCGCCCUCUCCCUCCUCCUCGCCUUCCUCCCCGCCCUCGCAGGAGGCCUCUUCAUGGCCCUCACCGCCACCCGCUCCCCCUCGGAAGCCGGAGGCGGCGGCGGCGUCCGCAUGUUCCCCAACAUCCCCGUCUUCGCCGUCAUCCUCGCCCUGCUAGUCCUCUACCUCGCCGCCCUCGUCUCCCUGCUCUUCGGCCGCAACAGCUACCGCCUCCCGCACGCCGUCACCUGCCCCGCAGAAAUCUUCUCCUUCCUCGCCAACGAGGACUGCGCCGCGGACCCGGCGUUCCAGGCCGCGCCCCGCUCGGCGGAGAAGCUGCGCGUGUACCUCGGUGCCGGACCGGGUAGCUCGGCGAGGGGCGCGUCUGCUGCGGCGGCGGGGAUGAGUCAGAGCGUUUGGGUGUUGGGGUACGUGGAGGCCGGGCGCGAUGUGAGGAGGCUCGGGGUGAGGCGGUUGAAGAGGUUUACGGGGGAUGGCGCCGGGGAGAAGGGGCCUUUUGUGAGGCCUUCUUCUGGGAGGUCUAUGAUGGGGAUGGUUUGA